AUGAUUAAACAAAUCACAGGUUCCCUGCCUACUCGGCCACGCAGGUACACCCUGACUCGCCUCCUCGAACUCGCUCCCUCAGCAACAGAAUCCAACAUCGAUCUGUCCAAGUUCACAUACGACGCAGCCAGCGGUAAGGUUUUCUGUAUCGAGCACAGUGAUCCAGACACUGACUUCUCACUCUCCUCAGCUGGUGUUGUACCUCCACUGGGUGCCUGUGUUAUGGCCACUCGUCGAGUCGUCAGUGACCAGCCUCGAAAUUGGUCACACGAAUCCAGUGAAUCGCCAGAAGAAGUUGUUUCCUUCACUGGACGUGGUGUGAUGCAACCUGCGAGACAACCCACAGUUCCACCCAGCAUUGGAGAGAUCAACACCCACAAAGACAAAGGUUUUGCUCGCUUUCUUGAAAAGCAUUCAUCACCCACCCAUCAACGUGUCACUACUGGUGGCCGCAUUGUUCCGAUGGAGCAACGUCAGCGACCUCCCGUCUUUUCCCUCCAACCCUCCUCCAACGGUGCGGUCGAUCUUCGCAAGGAUUCACCCAAGGAAGCACAAAGCCCACACAUCCUUGCACCGAUCCCGAAGGAGAUUAACAAUCAAGUCAAGUCUGAAGUUGGCAUGAAAAUGACUGAGACAGCCCUCCCCAAUGUCUCUAUGCGUUCAGAGACUACAGACAACUAUGCCCUGGGCAAUGGUCUUGACCCCAACUUUGUUUUCCCAACUGCACAUUUUGUUGCCAAUGCAGUGCCUGCUCAAUCACCAACUUUCCCACUGAUCCAACCCAUCCCGUUGUUCCCAGGUGUCUCACUCGAUAGCUACGCGGUUCAACCUGCACCGAUCUUUCCGAUGGCAGGGUUUCCAUUUGGUCCAAGCAUCACUACCUACCCUGGUCCAUUUGGCAACCAAUACCAUCCUUCUUUGUAUUCAUAUGGAGAUCCAUACGGUAUCCCAAGUCCUAUGCCUAUGGCAGAGGGCCAGGGCGCUCUGGUGUACUGUCAACACAUGCUCCUUGCUGCUAAGGGAACUUUCGAAGAACUUGAUAAACAACUCAAGUCAAUUGACCGCCUCCGGGCUACCAUCAACCGUGACAUCAACGUUACCAACCAGCGCAUGGCAAUUGUCACGCAGCGUGCGGAUGUGAAGAAAGAAAUAACUUACUGGGAGGAGAAGCUUGCCUUUGAACAGAACAAUCAAGCAGCCACUCGUCAUCAUGCGACUCAACAGAGCAGCCCCUUGAAUGUUCAAGCUGAGAGCUAUGUUCCUCUCAACUCAGCGCCAGCCACGGCAACUCAACCCCUAUCUGCCAACACCAUGGUCGAUUCGAAAUCAGAGCGUUUUGAUGCAAGCACCAAGACCAGUCACCCUAUCAUCAAGGCACGACGCUGUGCUAUCCCAAUUGUAGCUCCGCGCAAAGCAUCCCCUCCUGGCAAGGAAGUAGUGGGGAAAGUUGUUGAGAGUGUUUUUUCCAGCCCUGCCAGUGAUCAAGGAGUUGAUGAGUGGGGUGUCCGAAUUGGUCGUCCACCUCCACACAUUGAACGUCAACAGAGUGAGAUGUUGGCCGCUAUUCUUCGUUCACAAAGCGACUCUCCAGCUGAGCCUGUGGGGUCAUCAAUCAUUGCCUCUACAUCUCAGGCUAGCUCCAAGUCAUCCAGCUUCAAUCAACAAGCCGUUGCGGUGAUCCCCGAGCCCAUCAGCGAGAAUGACUCGGAAACUGUCGAAUGGUUGCCAGUCAAGCCUGGAAACGCACCAGCCAGUGUUGAGGCCUAUUAUGAGCUCCAACUUGACGCCAUGAGACUUCCACAAGGAGUGGUCAGCAAAGUCCGACUUCCCGAUGGCACAUAUCAUGAGGUCCCAGGUCGUGGACUACAGCGACCCCCAUCUUUCAACAUGGACGACUUUGAGCGACGCUACUGGACCUCCAAGCCAGUCGUGACCAAGGAAAUGGCCGACCAAUUUGUUCAUGUAGAACGUUCUGCCGAGGGGAAAGCGUUCGAUCAAAUGUCAUUGUCAUUUGGCUUGAAUGGAAUGAGCAUGGAGGAAAGUGCCACCCAGACCGAGAACUCCAGACAAACCAUGUCAUUUGAUACUUCUCAUUCCGCACGCCCCCAGCAAGGAAGUUUCGAACAAGCUGGACAUGAUUUGGCAAUGAGCGAUGGAUUUGAAUAUGCAAGUUACAAGCCUGCUGAUCAUCCGCCUGUCACAGCAAAGACCGAGAGAUUUUCGGGAACGCAGACUUUUGCAUCUACCUCCAUCAUCUGGAAUCAAGGCAAUAACCAGGCAGAUUGGCCAAGCCAGGAUCAAAUCAUGAAGGACUGGGAAUCUUUACAAGAUGCUCAGGUCAAUAAAGGAUACUCAUCAGUGUCUGUGCAGAAUGUGCAUGCAAUGGGUCACCUUCCACACAUGCUCGAUGGAACCACUGACGGUCAGAAGUUCUCUGCAAAGUCUUUACUUUCUGCAGCAGGAAAGUUUCGUAGCCCAACUCUUAUUCAUCGACCAAGCCCAACCGGAGGCGCAUGGUUCGGUCCACAUUCACGCCAGGUUCAGAGCCAGGCGAGUGAGGGAGACGUUGCUUUUCCACCCCAACGUUGA